GUCCGGUCUCCAAUUUCCUGAGUGCUGCUGUGGUCUCCUUGCGCAACAAACUGCUGUGGCGCUACUUUCUCUUCCAGCUCUUCAGAUUAUGGAAGCUUCCAGCUGGUCCGGAACUUCAGCAUCAAGGCCGAAAUUUGCUCAUCCUUGGCAGUUCGGUCGCCAAGGGUGAAGGUGCAGAGGCGGGUCCGGCGCCCAAUUUGGGUUGGCCUCAACGCUUGGAACGUGCCUUACACGACCACGCGGGAGCCGCCUGGAAGCUUCACAUCCGCGCAGUGGAGUGGACGUCGUCUCAGCUCUGGUAUGAACUUGUGAUGAGGAAGACCACACCUGAGGAUUGGAAACAUUUUAGUGUGGUGAUCUUGUCCCUGUCGGUGAACAACGAGGGCUUUCUGCUGACCGAGGACGAAGAGAAGAUGAAUCAGAUCCAAGAGCAUUUUCUGAAGCACAUGAGGUUGACUGUCACUGAGCUUCGACAAAGACUGGCACCAGAUGCACGCUUGGUGUUGGCUGGCUGUUAUGCCAACGAUGGCUACACCAUGAAACAUUUGGAGAUUGUCAAGCACAUCAACCAGCAGAUGUCACAAUGGCCUGAGGUGCACUUUGUGAAUCUCCUUCAGGAGCAUGUGAGCGACUUGAAGGGUCACUGGCCCAGCGGCUUCUCGAGAGAUCCUGGACAUCCCAACAGCUUGGGGCAUGAAGGUCUCUUCAAAUGUUUGGAUCUACAGACUGUCCUCGGUGACUUCUGGUGA